AUGACCUUUAGCGACAAUGCAUCAACAGUGACAUGGUUUACUCUUUCUGGGUUUGAUGAGAUGAUGGAACACAGAGCCACAUUCUUCUCUCUUACUUUACUGUGUUACUGUGCGAUUAUACUAGUAAAUGUUGCUCUCAUUUUGACCAUCAUCCUGGAUGAAAACCUCCAUGAGCCCAUGUACAUCUUCCUGUGUAACUUGUGCAUCAGUGGCCUGUUUGGCACAACAGGAUUCUACCCCAAAUUCCUUUUUGAUCUACUGUCUCAUCUGCAGGUUAUCUCUUAUGCAGGAUGUUUAAUCCAAACUUUUGUCAUUUAUUCUUCUUCCUGUGCAGAUGUUGUUAUUCUAGCAGUGAUGGCUUAUGACAGGUAUGUGGCAAUCUGUACACCACUGGAGUAUCACUCUGUUAUGACUAAACUGAGGGUCACUGUGUUAGUCUAUUAUCCCUGGCUCUCUGUAUUCUUUAUAUUGACUGUUUCUGCUAUAUUAACAAGUAAACUGAGAUUAUGUGGAUCACUCAUAGAGAAGCUCUACUGUGCAAAUUGGUCUAUUGUUAAACUCUCUUGCUCUUCAAUUACAGCGAACAAUAUAAUAGGGUAUAUUGCUAUUCUGUUCUAUGUUACACAUAUAAUAUUAAUUGUUUUUUCAUAUGCAUAUCUUAUCAGGUCAUGUUUGAAGUCUAUUGAGAACAGGGGAAAGUUUAUGCAGACCUGCAUGCCACAUUUACUGUCCUUAAUUAAUGUAGCAGUUGCUCUGUUGUUUGAUGUUCUGUACAGUAGAUAUGGUUCUGCAGACACAUCACAAAACUUUCAGAAUUUUAUGGCAGUACAAUUUUUAGUUAUUCCUCCAAUUCUAAACCCGCUUGUUUAUGGUCUGAAACUGAAGCAGAUUAGAAACCGAAUUUUGGCUUUAUGUGUGAGAAGUACUAGAAGUAAAAAGUCUUUAAUGUAAAGAGAACUAUGUUAGGUUUUGGGGAGAAUAUUAAUUGUAGUGCCACAGUAAAAAGUUGCUGUCUAACAACCCUGGUAGAAAAGCAGUACCUGUUUAAUACUCUCAGUUCUGACCAAUUAU